CCGAAUCGCGGGAGGUGAACGCUAUGAAAACCGUGCCAAACGGCGCGCAAUUCGUUUAGACGCAACCGAGCGGUCGAGGCGUAAGUGCGUGCGCAUCGUAUGCUCUCCGGCAUCCUCUACAGAACUGCUGAGCGUUUUUUUGUACGGAGUGUGGUUUCGUGUGAAUGUUUUUUUUUUGUGUUGGGAGGACAUGAGUGAGCUCAAGUGCUAGUUUUGUCUUCAAGUUGUGAAAACAUGUGGAGUUUAGUUACGUUUUAGAAAGAAAGCAACGAAAAGGUUAUGCUGCUAGCCAGCGUGAUUCGAACAGUGCAAAACAGUCAGUCCAUCAUCGUGUUACUUCAGUGUUUACCUUCCGCGCUUUACCGUCCGUGACGAGCGCAAGAAAGGAAGGAAGAAAAAGCAAACCAAAGUACGCUACCUCAAGUGCCGGAUAUCGUGUAGGGUUGUUGGGUGUUGCAUGCUUAGCUAGGGCGCCAUUUGUAACGGUCCCUCGUGUAGUUCCGGUGCGUUGUGGUGCAGAUCAGAACCGAGCGGGACGUGCAAUCGGGCAAACUACGAAGUGAGGCUCGGGAGUUGUGGUAGCACACGUUCUUGGUGUAGUUGUGCAGAGUGUUGUGACGUCUUCUAGUAACCGAACGUGAUACGAACAAACCGUGCAACAUGAGGUGGCAAAUCGUGUUGCUUCUGGUGUCAGUGGCACUUGCUUCCGGCGAGAAGAAACUCGAGAAAAGGCCCACCAAGAAAGCCCACUCGCUCAAACCGACCAAAUCGCCCAAAUCGAUCAUCGAGGAGUUCACCGCCCUCCCGCCAGCCGAUGUGGACUUCAUCAAGGAACUGGACCGCCAGUUCCGCGAGCAUGGCAACAAGAUCCGCAUCAAGGUGGAACGCAGCAAUGGCACGGACGGCAAGAACAUGAAGCGUACGAUUGACGGUGAUCUGGGAUACGGUCACUACAGCAAUCAGGCCGAUUCGGGGUAUCAUUUUUCCAAGCCGAAAUACAUGAUCUACCCAUACUCGCAGCAUGACAUUCCGCCGGUCCGAUCGACGCACAGUACCCACGAAACGGUGACGGACAUUGAAAUAACUCCAUCGCACAGCUACGAGCUAAAGCCGAUCGAAGAGGUGUACACGGUCUACCCGACACAGCAGUACUCGCAGGAACAGCAGCAGUACUACCAUCAGCAUCACCAGUCAGCUCAGCAAUCGAAGCAGCUGUACCACCAGGAGGAAGAAACGCCCGUUAUUGUGCUUAAAAUCCCUGGUCCUUCGAAGUAUGCCGCUCACCUGCAGGCUCUCCUGCAGCAGUACCUCGAGAUACGGGCAGCACAGUUGUACAAAGAGCUGGAGGAACAGGAAUAUCACCAGCAGCAGCAGCAACAGUACCAGCAGCAGCAACAUCACCAGCAGCAGCAACUACAGCAUCAACAGCAGCACUACGUGCAGGAGCAGGAAGUACAUGCGCACCAUCAUCAUCUCCAGCAGCAACAGCAACAUCAACAGCAGCAAGAACUACAGCAGCAGCACCAUGAACAUCACACGAAGACCAAGUACAGCCAACCGGAUCCGGUCUAUCCAACAGAGAUCGCGUACGUUCCAAUGAUCCGCACCCAUCAGAACACCUACGUGCCGUUGCCAGAGCAGUACUAUGAAGCUCCAAAGACUCCUUCUCCGCGUCCUACGAAGCAUCGCAAAACGACCGUCACUCCGACGCACGUCACGUUCCACAGUACCGCACAGCCCGAGCCAGCCUAUCACUAUCAGACCUACCAUCCGGAGCAGCAUCAGCAACACGCUCAAGUGCACGAACAUCACGAACAGGCUCACGCACCAGAACAUCAGCAGAUCCAGUACCAGUACGUCGCUCAGCAACCCAGUGGACACGGAGAGGAUCACGAAACGCAGUACGUGUACGAGAAGCCAAUGGUCAACUUUGUCACUCCACUGCCGGAAACGGCUCACCACGCGCACCAGGAGGCCUACCACCAGCAGCAACACUCUCACCAUCAUCAACCUCCCCAGAAGUAUCCAAACUUUGCCGAGUACCAUCACCAUCAUCGGCCACAGCAGCAACAGGAAGAAGAGUACCUUCCGGAACCGAAGCUGGUCGAGAACUAUCCGAGCCACAAACAUACGCGCGUCAUCUACAAGAGUCCCUCGCUGAAGACCGAACUCCAGCAGGAAGCGCUACAGCAGCACGAACACUAUCACCACCAGCAACAGGAAGUCGCAGCCCAUCAACAUCACCAGCAGCAGCAGCAGCAGUACAUCCUGCAGGAAGUGUACCCAUCCCAAGCAUCGUACUUCGAGGACAAAUCGUUCGUUGAGUCCACCGGUCCGCAAGUAACGACCGACCGGAGUGAAACCGCCUCGCCACACUACAACACCGAGCAGGUGGUAGCGAUCACUCAGAAACCCAAGCGACUGUACAACUAUCACGCACACACCUCCGGCCAUCAUGGGUCGGGAUCGCGUGGAUCGCGCAUGGCGACCGGCGGAAGCCGAUCGAGGGCCGGCGGAUCUAGUAGCGCGAAAGCUUCCAGCAAGCGUGAUGCAGCUGCGUCACCCGCACCCUACACCGAGGAAGAGUUCCGAAAGGUUAACAAGAUGGUGCAGCGGAUGAAGAAGAAGAGUCGCACUACGCCGGCGGACGAUGCCGGGAUGAUGACCGUCACCGCCAAUCCCACUAGUCCGAGUCCGCGGAUGGGCGCUUAGAGCGCGCGUGUGUGUGGUUGCGUAGUUGUAAGCAGGUUUAGUGAAGUUCUAGUGAAUUGCUCAUCGCGUCUCUAAUCAGCGAUCCUCAUUUCUUGUCCUCUCGCUUUACCAACCUAUCCGAACAGAAGUAUUUCCCCCCAUGUUUGUAUUUAAAUUAUUAGUUGUUAUAAGUCGAUCGAAGGAGGAUCCAGAAGCAAACAAAAACUGGCCCAAAGUCAUGCAAAUGAUAGGAUGACAGAUGAUGCUGGUAGCAGAUGGCGUGUUCCCCUUAAUGUAGUAUAUGCAGCUGAGUUCUGUGUAGCAUUUGCUGCGGUUCAAGCGUUCAGGACAGCAAACGCGAAAAGGUUAAAGGUGGAUAAUACACGAGGGAAGAUGAAAUUAAGAUGGGAAGACAAAACAGUGUAACUAUUAAAGUGUAAAUGAUCAAACAUACCAGUUAUUAAAUAAAUUUAUAAACAAUCGAAU